AUGGCCGCUCUGUCGUCAGCUACUACCAAUGCGUUUCAAACAGGCAGGACCUCUGCGCGCCCCAGUCAUGAAACCUUUGCCUUGAUGGCAACACCAUCCUCACAACCUGGAUGGGGAAAUUCCCGAGGAGUUCCUUCCAAGACAGCUCGAGAAUCAGCAUUUGCUGUGGAAUGGGAACCAAUGACUGAAUUGGAACGACGCAUUGAAGAUGGGAUCAAUUACGAACAUCUUCCAAACCAACGUUCGCAGCAUCAUGGAAAUACUUACUCUAGAACAGCUACCAAGGAUGAUAUUCCAUACUCACAGGGCGUUUUCUGUGGCUAUCGAUACACGGAUGAAGAAUAUUGUCGUCUGAAAUCAGCUGAACCAACCAUGAAUCAAUGA